AGCCAGAGCUUUUUGUGCAGAUGCCUGUGGAGGAGGAAAACAAAGAGAUAAAACACACCUCUACAUUCUCCCCUUGCUGAAAAUCUACCCCAAAAGCCGGAGGCUCCAGCAGACUUGGGUGACCACAUCGGUCCCUGUGCUCUGGAUUCCCUCUGGGGUCACCUGCCCUUGUAGCCAGACACUCGGUCAGGGUGCCCCGUGUCCCUGUGGGCAGGAUGUCCUCGCUGUCACCUCGGGCCGAGCACGGGGAGCUGCUGGUGCCCAGCCCGAGGGGCUCGUCACGCUGAGCCUCCGCGGGGCUGUGCAGGGCUGGGACGACCCAACACCGAGCUCUGGAAGGAAAUGUACGCGGUGCCCGGCCCAGAGCAGGCUCAGCAAAAGCCCAGCCUAAGCACGAAGCCUAAAUGCAGCCCCCGGGGCCGGGCAGGGAGGCCUUUGGCCCCCAGGUGGGGCCGGUUGGGGUGAUGAGCUCCCACUGGUCCUGCCGCCGCCCCCAGCCCUACACUGGGUGUCCCCAGCACUGUCCCCUCCUCUGCCCCACAGCCCUGGGACUGCGCCCCGUGUCCCCAGCCUUGUAUCCGGCAUCCCCAACCCCACGUCUUAGACUGCGUUCCAUGUCUCCAGCAUUGUCCCGUAUUCCCAACUCCGUGUCCUGCGGCCCCAGCCUUGUCUCUCACGUUCCCGGCACCGCGUCCCGCGUCCCCAGCCCGCUGUCCCGCGUUCCCGCCGCCCACCUCCCGCAUCCCCGCGCUCCUGCGGCCCGCCCCCGCCCCGCCCCGCUCCCCCCGCCGCCGCCGGGACCGGCCCCCAGCGCCGCCCGCCCGGACGCGGCUGCCGCCGGCGGGACCAGGAGCCCGGCCGCUCGCACCAUGAGCAGCGUCCCCGCCGACAGGGAGGGCGGCCCCGCCGACACCAGCCUGCCCGAGGAGGAGGUGAGGACACUCUUUGUCAGCGGGUUGCCUCUGGACAUCAAGCCCCGGGAACUUUACCUGCUCUUCAGACCCUUUAAGGGGUACGAAGGGUCUCUCAUCAAACUCACCUCCAAGCAGCCCGUGGGCUUCGUCAGCUUUGACAGCCGCUCCGAGGCGGAGGCGGCGAAGAACGCGCUGAACGGCAUCCGCUUCGACCCCGAGAUCCCCCAGACGCUGCGGCUGGAGUUCGCCAAGGCCAACACCAAGAUGGCCAAGAACAAGCUGGUGGGCACCCCAAAUCCCAGCACCCCUCUCCCCACCGCCGUACCUCAGUUCAUCGCCCGGGAGCCCUAUGAGCUCACAGUGCCUGCACUUUACCCCAGUAGCCCUGAAGUGUGGGGGCCGUACCCUCUGUACCCAGCGGAACUAGCACCUGCUCUACCUCCUCCUGCUUUCACCUAUCCCGCUUCGCUGCACGCCCAGAUGCGCUGGCUCCCUCCCUCCGAGGCUGGUUCUCAGGGCUGGAAGUCCCGUCAGUUCUGCUGAAUGCCGGGUCUCAGGUGUGUGAUGGUGGCCUACAGUCAGUCUUGUGGGUAUUAAUGGAGUCUUCCAAGGUGGCUACUGGGUUGAUGUGCUCUCCACAGGACCUCAGUGUGCUGGCUUGAAAAAAAACCUCACACAAGUUUGGAUUCCUCCAAGACUUUCCCACAGCCUCUAUCACACAUCUGCUCUCCUAGAAGAAAAAAGAAAAACAUACCUAGUAAUAAUAUUUUCCUCUUUUACACUGUAUAUUUGUAAGGAAGAGUGUGUUACUCCCGAAAGCAUGGUUUGACAGGCAUUGUUGUAGUGUUUGAAAAGGCUUUUCAAAUGGAACCAUAGGAAAGCAGACUACAAAAAAAAAAAAAGGAAAAAAAAAAGAAAGAAAAAGGAAAAAAAAACCCAAAACAAAAGCAAGUAUUUUUGUACCAAAGCUCCUCAAGAGGACAAUCUUACACCGGGUCGGACCACAGCUUUUGUGCUUGACUUGGGAGGUGUGUAAAGAAGAGUCUUAUUAUUUCCUGGCCCUGCUGCAUGUGGAAGGCACGAUGUUCACAAGCAAUGUUCACAAGUGUGAGGAUGUCGACACACACGAUGCGGGUUUGUAGGAACUGUGCUCCUUCUGGCACAGGAGCUGUGCUCUGGCCGUGUUGGCAAGGCGUCUGCAGACACUACAGUAUUACUGUUUUCUUCCCAGCCAGCUGCACCAAGUGACGAGCAGGCAGGACGUCCAGGAACUUCCUUCCCGUGUUGUUUUUACCUUGGGGCUGUGUUCAUAGCUGCUGUGCAAAGCUUCCGUGGGGUACAACAGCUCGGAUCAGGGAUGGGCGGGCAGCCCACACACGUAGCAAGGUGACAAUUUGCCUCCUCCUCCUCCUCCUCCUCCUCCUCCUGCCAUGACUGCUCCAAGCUGUUACGGGCAAUGUAAACUGCUGUAUGAAAAAGCAUACCAACAAAUCCUUGGUUUGCCAGCUUCCUCCAGGUUGGACAUGAGUCCUGAGGGGCUUCCCGUUACGCUGAAGCGCUGGCCUGGCCUGGCGUGUGGUUUUAGUGCUGGUCCAGCUGCUCCCUGCGUGGCAUCCCCAUGUUUCCACGUGCAAAGAUGAGAAGGGAGGCUGCCAACAUCCUUUACAGAUAGAGUACCAGCAGAGAGACUGCUUGACACACUAGUUCUCCUUCUCCUUGCUCCAGGAGGAAUUCUGAUAAAGAAGAGAGCAAAGCGACCCAAAACCUCUGUCAGGUUUCGGUUUCUUGGAAAGGGAGGUGCAGAACUUCUCCUUCCAUUGCCUUUCCCCCGUCUCCAUUCCAGCUGCAGGGAACACUGAGCUCAGCUGCUGCCCAGGCCUCACCGUGGCUGGUUUUUCCCAGCUCUUUGUGGCCUCGUUAAACAUCAUCACCUUUUCCUUUCUCCUUCCUCUUGUCCUGUGGGUGGGCUAAAAUAAGAUGGCUGAGAUUCUGGCUGUCAGGGUGGGACAGGGGUAUGAAAAAAAUCGGGUUUUUCACCAUCAGAAACUGUCCCGUUGGGGUCUUCUGUAAAAAAUGGGCCUGAUAAAAGUGAUUUGAGAAGAAAUCAAAUCCAAGACAAACCUCAGAGCGGCUCCAAAAGGAACGAUACCAGCGUUCCCAAGCGACGGACUAACUCUUUUAGCAAACUAUUUCCUGUACUUUGUCUCGUGGAGAGGAGAGAAGCUUCCACAUUGUCUACUCUGCUUUUGGAAAUAUGUUUAAAGGUACUUUUCUAUUGUAAUUUUUUAAAAAUAAAACCGGUGAUUAUUCUAAGUUA